GCUAAAGAACAAACAAGAAUACUUUCUCUCUUCAAAUCUCAUUCUCAGUACAAGUUACAUUUUACACCAUAAAACAUAUUCUCUUUAAUUAUUAUUCUUUUUCCUCUUUAGAUCUUUAACUGUUUUAAUUUAUCUCAUUCCCUAUGUUUCUAUUAAUAUAGUUUCAUAUAUUAUCAAGAACACAAUUCAUUGGGGUUGAUUAUUUAUUUCAAUUAAUCCCCCCUCGUUUUCUCAAAUCCCAAAUCAAUACCAAAAAUCAAAUCGUUAUAUUACUUCAAUGUCGUCCUCAAAUUCACCAUGUGCAGCGUGCAAGUUUCUCCGACAAAAGUGCACACAAGAAUGCUACUUCGCACCCUACUUUUCGCCGGAUAAUCCACAACGAUUCGCUUCCGUUCACCGCGUCUUCGGUGCAAGCAAGGUUGCCAAGCUCUUAAAAGAGCUUCACGCCGAGGAUCGCGAAGACGCGGUGAAAUCAUUAGCAUACGAGGCUGAGUCUCGUAUACGAGACCCAGUCUACGGAUGUGUUGGUUUCAUCUCGGUCCUCCAACAGCGUUUAAAAGAAAUUCGAAAUGAACUUCAGAUAGCGAAAAAAGAACUUUUGAAUUACAAUUUUAACCCUCAAACUAUGAAUUACCUUUUGGCUAAUCCUGGAACGGUUAUCAUGCCUCAGCAGCAGCAGCAGCAGCAAUGGAACCCGCAAUUUGCGGGUUUGAAUAACGGAUCUAACAACUUCGGUAAUGAUACAGUUGGAGGAGUAGGAGAGUUAGUUGUUUCUGAUGCUCAGCAGCAUCAGGAACAAGAGUUUCUAGAAGCUCAGCGGUUUGUUGCCGCUACUCAACAAGAGUAUUUUCUUAGGUUAGGUGGUGGUGGUGUCGGUGUCGGUGUCGGUGUGGCUUCUUCAUUGGGUAUGGGAAAUUUUGAAAAUGGUGGUGGUGAUUAUUAUCGGAUUGAACAACAAGGUGAAGAACAACAACAAAAUUAUGUUGCUCUUGGGAAUGGUCAUCCUAUUGAGGCACAACUAAUGUUUUCUCCACAAAAUCAGGAAACUAGUGAGGAUGGUAGGAGCGUUGGUAGUGCUCAUCCUUCUUGUAAUUGAUUUAAUGGUUUCGUUUUAAUUGUUUUGUUUUGUGGAAAUUCAGAAUAUUGCAUGGAUUUGGUAAUAUGUAAAUGGUGAUCAUAUAUAUCUUUAGCUUUAUAUAAAUAUGAAUAAAAGUACUAACGAAA